CCGACCUGGUAGGUGCAUGACCCAGUUAGAUUGUGUGAUCGGUUAAAUGGCUGACUACCUUAUCAGAGAUGCCCGAGUGGAAGACUGCGGCGAGAUAUUGCAGCUGUUGAAGGAACUCCAAGAAUUUUGCAACGAUCGGGGCCCCCUGAAGCUUGAUGAGCACGCUCUGAGGAGAGAUGGUUUCGGCGAAGACAAGUUUUUUCACUGUGCCGUGGCUGAAGAGAAAACGUUGCAAGAAGGUAGACCAGCACUGACCGGGUACCUGCUGUACUACUGGGCGUAUUGCACCUCCGCAGGCCGCAUGAUGGUUGUGGAGGACAUCUAUGUUCGUCCAACCGGCAGGACGAGGGGAACGGGCUCAGCACUGUGGGCCUAUGUAACCAAGGUUGCCAUGGAGAAGGGGUGCAGGAAGGUGCAGUGGGUGGUCCAUGAUUGGAACACAAAUGCAAUCAAGUUCUACAAGAAGUUGGGAGCUGUGGAUAUGUGUAAGAAAGACGGCUGGCUGGUGUACAAUCUUGACGCUGAUGCUAUGAUAUCGUCGCUGGCCAUGUUGACAGCCAAUAAACAGUAACAUGAAGAUGACUCCGUGUACAACACGUUCAUGCAAGUUGUAUGUCCUUCAGCAAGUCAGUAUUCAGAGUGUCAACUGUACCUCACAGUUACCUCCACCUGAUAGGCCGAGGCCUGUGUGCUGUUACGUGGGGAACGGUGGGCAUUACACCCGUUAGCUUAGCCUUUCAAGAAGGAAUUAUAUGUAUCUCACAAAGACAUAUAUCUGAAUAAAAGCAUCAAAACCGUU